CAUAUUUGGUAAACAUCUCCUUUCUAUUUAAUUAACAAGAUAUUUAUAAAGGCGCUAUAAGACUACAAGGCGUAAUAAAAUAACGAAAAUUACAGAGAUGGAUAAGUAAAAUAGAAGUAAUUCAAUAACAUUGCAAAAGUCGAUAUCCCCUUAAACUUCAGAUUAUAAAAAAUGUUCAAAAGUAAAAACGAAUGUAAUAUUAUAUAUAAAUGCACGGUCCGGCUGCUUGAUGAUUCCGAUGUGUUAGAAUGUGAAUUUCAGCCGUCCCACAAAGGCAUUUACUUAGUUGAGUACCUAUGUGAGCAGUUAAACAUAAAAGAGAAGGACUACUUUGGCCUGCGUUAUGUGGAUAAUGGAAAACAACGACAUUGGCUUGAUCUUGCAAAAUCAAUUAUAAAACAAUGUAAAGAUAUAGACCCUAUGCUAUUUUCGCUUCGAGUGAAGUUCUAUCCCGCGGAUCCAUUUCGCCUGACCGGUAAUGGUCGCCUGGUGCUGUAUCAGCAAUUAAAGAGAGAUUUGCGACAUGGUCGAUUAUACUGUUCUUUAGGAGAGGCGGCAGCCUUGGGUGCUUUAAUAGUUCAAGAGGAACUCGGAGAUUUUGAUGAGGCUAUACAUAUAGACGACUAUGUUUCAUCAAUUGACUUGGCUUUACGACAGACAGAGAAUCUUGAAAAGAAAAUAAUGCAAUUGCACAAGAAACGUGAGGCUGGUCAGGAUCCAUCUGUUGCAAGGGAUGAGUUCAUGGGCAUCGCCCGCGGGCUAGAAACUUACGGCAUCGACCCUCAUCCAGUCAAAGACCAUCGCGGUUCUCAGCUGUAUAUUGGUAUAAAUCAUUCGGGCAUUAGUACAUUCGUAGCUGGUAAACGAUCGCAACACUUUCGUUGGAACGAAGUGCAUAAGAUCAACUUUGAGGGUAAAAUGUUCAUUGCUCAUUUAAGCUACACUGAUGCUAGUCGUGAGCCAAAAAAGCAUACAAUUGGUUUUAAAUGUCCAUCAGGCGCCGCUUGUCGAUAUUUGUGGAGAUGUGCAAUUGAACAAAUGUUGUUUUUCACCUUGCCUAACAGCCAACACGUGGCGGUUGUUUCUGGUGGAGGUUUCUUCUCUUGGGGGACCAAGUUUCGUUACACAGGAAGAACAGAACGUGAAAUUCUGACGGAAUACUGUGAGAGGUUACGUGAACAAAAGAUGACCCAUUCUGCAGCAAGCAAUCGUAAAGCCAGCAGUGUGCCAGCAACACCCUCUAGUCCACAGGGCGACUUAGCACAAAUACGAUAUAGCAGCUUACCACGUUCAACAAUGUCUGACCCGCUGGGCUGCACUAUAGGCUCAAAGAACCUUAUUUAUGGCAGAAAUGCACACGAUAUGAAUGUCGGCGCCAAUGGUGGUGUUCAAAUGCCUAGCCUUGAACCCUUAUGUGAGGAGGCGCGGCUACGUUCUUCGAACAUAGAUGGCCUUAACCACACAGCGAGUGAGUUUCCAGAUUACACGUAUCGCGAUGACAUGGAGCAGUCUUUUACGGAGAGAGCCUACUCGGAUAGCUCUGCGAACGCACAUCAACAGCUCGAUCACCAUUACGGCCCCCAUGAACAAGUGUAUUAUUCGUCCAAGCAAUAUUGUGGGCUACCAAACGCAGCCUUUAAUUCAGGUGCUUCCAUAGGCAUUUCAACAUCAAAAUUGACGCAUAAAAACUCCAUCAACAGUUCCAAGAACUUGCGAAAAUUCCAUUUACUACAUGCAUUUAUACCAUCAGUUAUAUUUGUAGUUAUAGCUAUGACCGGCACUGCCGUUUUUAUCAUGGAAUCAGAGUCCGAACUUUUUGAGCACGUACGAAGCAUGCCAGAAAUGUUAAGCUUACGUUACCAGUACUAUCAGCCGCUUAAGGAGUUUUUCCUGCAAAAGUUGGGCCGAAGCCAAAACAUGUAAGAACAUUUCGAAAGCCUUUGUAUUUCAUAUGCAUGUGUUUUAUUUAGCUUAAAAGAUACGGCUUGUUAAAUCCUGAUUUUAUAGACACGUAUGUAUAUGCAUAAGUAUGUAUAUACAUACUUACAUGUGUAGUUAAGAUGAAUAUUGAUUCAGACUAUGUUGUAUAUUUUAAAAUAAUGCUUUUUGGAAAAUCAUAUGUUUCUAAGCCAUUCCCAAAGAUAUCUUUAA